AUGGCCCUGGCCGCCGUGCUGCCGGCUCUGGCGCGGAGGCUCGCGCUGUCCAGGCAACACCUCAGGUCUCCUUUGCCCAGCGUGACGGCCUUCAGCCGUUCCUACCGAGGGGACAGCCCGUCAGAUUCCCAGAAGGACAUGAUCGAGAUCCCGCUGCCCCCGUGGCAGGAGCGAACCGACGAGCCCAUCGCCACCAAAAGGGCCCGCCUGCUGUACGAGAGCCGGAAGCGGGGCAUGCUGGAGAACUGCAUCCUGCUCAGCCUCUUUGCUAAAGAGUAUCUGCAUCAAAUGACGGAGAAACAGCUGAACCUGUACGAUCGCCUGAUCAACGAGCCCAGUAACGACUGGGAUAUUUACCACUGGGCCACAGAAGCCAAACCAGCCCCGGAAAUAUUCGAAAACGAAAUCCUGGCGCUGCUCAGAGACUUCGCCAAAAACAAAAACAAGGAGCAGCGGCUGCGCGCCCCGGACCUGGAGUACCUCUUCGAAAAGCCCCAGUGA